AUGCAGUGCCCGUCAGAAGGUGAAAGCAGCAGCAGCGGGAGCCCGAGCACCACAACCUCUAGUCGUGGGGACACGGAUCUCGACGGCGAGGAGAAGAUCUGCGCUGUGUGUGGAGACCGGGCCACAGGCUACCACUUCCACGUCAUGACCUGCGAGGGAUGCAAAGGCUUCUUCCGGCGGUCCGUCAUCAAGGGCGUCCAGUUUACCUGUCACUUCACCCGCAGCUGCACCAUCACCAAAGCCAAGCGACGCCAAUGCCAGGCUUGCCGUUACCAGAAAUGCCUGGACGCGGGCAUGCGGAAAGACAUGAUCAUGUCCGAGCAGGCCUUGCGCCUACGCCGGGCACUACGGCAGCAGAAGCAGCAUCCAGAACAGACUCCCACGGAGGAGCCGUCCCAGGAGACCGGGUUAACCGCGGAGCAGGAGCAACUGAUUGAGAUCCUGACGGAGGCGCACAAGAAGCACUUUGACUCCAGUUUCGCCCAGUUCAUCCACUACCAACCUCCGGUGCGCCUCUACAUCCACAGUCCAAGGUCUCGGAGCCCCCAGGAUCCCGCCGUCCCGCCCCUCUGCCCCUUCAGUCCGCAAGACCACUUGGAGAGCUACCCAGAGGAGGUCCUCCCAGACGUGUUCUCCUUGCUGCCGCUCUUUGCCGACCUCAGCACCUUCAUGAUCCAGGAAGUGAUCCAGUUUGCCAAGGCCAUACCGUCUUUUAGAAGUCUGCCGAUCGAUGAUCAGAUCUCGCUCCUCAAAGGGGCUACUCUCGAGAUAUGCCAGAUCCGGGGUAAUAUCAUCUUCAAUGAAGAAACCAAUGCGUGGAAUUGCGGUCAACACUGCUACACCAUCCAAGAUGGUGCCCUGACUGGAUUCCAGCAGAUCUACUUAGAGCCCCUGCUGAAGUUUCACAUCAGCCUGAAGAAGCUGAGACUGCAUGAAGCCGAAUAUGUCCUGUUGCAGGCCUUGGUGCUGUUCUACCCAGACCACGUGAACGUCACGCAGCGAGAUGAGAUCGACCGGAUUCAAGAGCAGAUCGCCCUCACGCUGAAAAACUACAUCGACCAGCGGCACCCUUUGCCUGAAGGCAGGUUUCUGUACGCCAAGCUUCUCUUGCUGCUGACGGAGCUGCGGACCCUGAAAGUGGAGAACAUGCGGCAGAUCCUCCGCAUACAACACACGCAGGACCUCACUUCCAUGACGCCACUGUUGUCAGAGAUUAUCAGCUGA